GGUUGUGAUUCCCUCUUUUCCGGUCUCAUUCUCUUCCCAUCUCGUCCACAAUCUGGUGGUGCGGGCCACGUAUCCCAUUCCUUCCUUGCACUGGGUUAUCUUAAUCUAGCUCAUGAUUGGGCCGUCCUUUCUUAUUCGCCACACGCAUCUUAGUGGGCUUAAUCCGCUACUGGCACUUGGCCUUGUUCAUUUCGUGCUAUUGUGGGCCUUUAUUGGGCUUGGAAUCGGGUCCAUCAGACCCAAUAUCUAUCAAUACCCCAAACAAAUUGGUAGUUCAGACCUAGAGAGAAAUGGCGAGAAAGUGAUUAGCCAUCGGUGAUCUUCUCCGCCGGUGUUCACCGGCAGUUUGUUGACACGCAUGCUAGAAAUCGAUGCAUUAAAUACAGAUUAGCGCAUGCCAUGUUGAAUCGCAGAAAAAUGUAAAGAUCUGAGCUCGAUCUGAAUUGUCUUUCAAAGGCAGCCACACAACAAGGUCAUCAUAUUUCUCCCCCUUUAAAAAUCCAUCCAGUUUCAAGUCUAAGAACUCUUUCGACUCAAGCUUUUGGAUUCCAGAAUGUCAAGAUUCCUUGUUAUUAAAGGUGUCCAUGUUGUUUAAUUAAGAAAUUGGACGAUGCUAUUUCAGUUUACAAAGACUAGGUUGCAGUUGCUGGUGCUUAGGAAUAACAUCAUUAGUGUUCACGCUUUAUUCAUGUACUAUGUAAAAUGUUAACAUGGUAAUUUUGUAUUACAUGUGUGCCACACCGUUCAACAUUAGUUUUGCUUGUAAAUAAACAUGAUGGUGCUUCUAAUCAAAUUUUAGAAAUUCU